AUAUAUUUUGGGCGUAUAAUAAGUAAUAUUAAUAGCAAAGUUAAUAAAAAUAUUAUUAUUCGCCGUUUAUUCUUAUCGAUUUUUAUCGACUAGUUUAUAUGCUGACGAGUUGGCAGCCUUGCAUAAGAGUCCAUCUCCAAUACCAAUAGGUUUUGUUUACAAGAUUUUCUUAGUUUUUAGCGGCAAUAUCUUCUAUAAUAAAUCGUAAACCAUGUCGGAUAACGAGUACGAACGCUUCGAGAUCACGGACUACGACCUCGACAAUGAGUUUAACAUGAACAGGCCCCGCGGGCGUCACAGCAAGCACCAGCAGAUCUAUGGCAUUUGGGCUGAUGACAGCGAGGAGGAGAGCGGCGGAGAAGGCAGACAGCGGAGGGGACGCUCAACCCGCCAACCCAAGGACUACACCAUGCCCGUGAACUUCGUGGCCGGCGGCAUACAGCAGGCGGGUAAGAAAAACAAAAAAGGGGUUAAAGGAGAGGACCAGAAGGAAGCAAUAAAGGAGGGAGACGACGCAGAGGAGCAGGAAAAGAGCGAUGACUCGGCCGGAAACGGUCGACCCGCUUUCGGACGCCGGGGCGAUCCGGACAGUUCCGACAGCUCCGCGGAAGAGGAGCGGCCUGCUCUCGGCAAGGCUCCGGAGAAAUCCACCUUUCAACAUCGCUCCCACAUCGCCAGCGACCGAAACGUGGGCGCCUGGGAGCAGCACACACGCGGCAUUGGCGCCAAGCUGCUCCUGCAGAUGGGCUACGAGCCCGGCAAGGGUCUGGGCAAGGACCUGCAAGGCAUCUCGCAACCCGUUCAGGCCCACGUGCGGAAAGGCAGAGGUGCCAUCGGGGCUUACGGACCCGAAACAGCAGCCAGCAUAGGGGGAAAAAGUGCCAGGGCCAUCAAGGUGGAUGAGGAUGUGCGGGAGGCCAAGGAGUUCAAGGAACAGCUCAACAAGUGGCGGAAAGGAGGCGCAGCCGCCGAUCCACAAGAGCGGCAGGGCAAACGUUACUACUACAAAUCUGUGGAAGAGGUUAUCGCCAAAGGAAACAAGUCCAGCCACCUGCUUUCGGAGAAGCUGAGCAAAAAACUCGGCAACGUUCCGGUGAUUGACAUGACGGGUCCCGAGAAACGAGUUCUUAGUGGGUACCAUGCGCUGGGCCAAGCCAAAAUCACUCCCGAGGAGACACUCUUCGAUGCCGAUGCAACGGAAAAGGGAGCCGGUCCUGCUCCUGCAUCGGUGUUCUCAAUGCCAGAGCUGACGCACAACCUGCAGCUGUUGGUCAGUCAAUCCGAGCAGGAAAUCAUCGCCAUAGACAAGCAGGAACGGGACUGCUCCAACCAACAAGUAGCCCUGGAGAGCGAGCACCGCAGGCUGGAGGAAAUCGUGCAGCUGGAGCGCAACCAUAUACGCACCCUCGAAGAGGUCAUGGACCGCGUAGAACGGCUGAGCGAAGAUCCAGAAAUUGGAUUGCCGCAAGCGGAGCGACUGUUUCGGGAACUGCUCGAGCAGUAUGCAGCUGAAUUCCAGGAGUUCGGUCUGGCGGAUCUGGCAGCCGGAGUAAUCGCCCCGCUCCUGAAGAUAGAACUGGCCCAGUGGCGGCCACUGCAGCAGCCCACGGAGCCCAUACAUAUGGUGAAGAAGUGGCGAUCAAUGCUGCAGACGGGCGAUCCUGCGCAACAGGAGCUGCGCAACGUGUUCGAUCCCUACUCUUCGCUGAUCUGGGCGGGGGUCAUGCCCUCGUUUCGUGCCUGCGCCGAGGCUUGGCAGCCGAAAGAGCAUGCGCCGAUGGCAGCUCUUCUGGAUGCUUGGGCUCCUUUGCUGCCCACUUGGGUGCUGGACUCUGUGCUGGAGACACUUGUGCUGCCCAGACUGGUGGCGGGGGUUCAGGGAUGGGAUCCACUUACAGAUACUGUGCCCAUUGACAGCUGGGUGCUGCCUUGGUCCUCCAUUCUGGGCAAUAAGCUGGAAGAGGCCGUCUAUCCGCAGAUCCGUAGCAAGCUCGGCGAGGCUUUGCGCGCUUGGUCGCCGCAGGAUCGUUCGGCGAGAGCCAUGCUCACGCCGUGGCAGCAUGCUUUCCCCCCCGAGGAGAUGCAGGAGUUCCUUCAGCGUCACAUUGUGCCCAAACUGCAGGUAGUCUUGAGCGAGUUCUCCAUCAAUCCGGUGCACCAGGAUCUGGAGCUGUGGAAUCAAGUGUGGGAGUGGCACGAGCUCAUCGAUCCCAUGUACAUGGCCCUGCUUUUGGACAAGCACUUCUUCCCGCGCUGGAUGCAGGUGCUGGUGUUGUGGCUGAACCAGUCGCCCGACUAUGCCGAAAUAUCUCGCUGGUACACCGGCUGGAAGAGCAUGUUCACUGAGGCUGUGCUGCGAGAGCCGAGCGUAAAGGAGCACCUCCGUCGCGCUCUGGACAUGAUGCACCGCGCCAGCGAUGCUUUACUGCAGCCCACGAAUACACCUCCGCCGCCAGUUCCACCAGGCCCCGUACCGGUAGGACUCUUGCCUCCCGUUAUGAUGAUGGAUCUGAUACACCAACCCGCCCAGCUGGAGUUCAAGGAGCUCGUGUCUCAGCGCUGCGCCGAGCUGGGCAUUAUCUUUGCUCCGUUGCCCGGAAGAAGGGAAAUGGGGAAGCAGAUCUACCGUGUCGGAAAGCUCUUUUGCUACAUCGAUAGAAACGUGUGCAUGCUGAGCGACGGAAGCUUUACGAAUUGGCAGCCCGUGGGUCUCAAUCAUCUGCUGGAACGCUCCCAAACCGGAAUUCUUUGAAUGGCAGCCAGAAAUUAGUCUAAGAUAGAUAACAAUUGUACCAUUACGAUGUGAUUGACUAAUUAGGUCUUAUAGAAUCUAUUUCUUUGAAUUAUACUGAUAUUAAAAUAUGGAAUGAAAUAUCCAAUAUAAAGAUAUGAAAUAU